AUGCCGCAGCAGUUAUGGAAGCUGUUAUCGGAAAACCACAGCUUGUACACGCAGGCAGCACUAUCACUAUUCCAACACAAGAACCGACAUCUCGUCAAGCCGUUCACAUAG